AUGAAUGGCCAUGACUCAUAUAAACAAAAAAAUAAACGACCAAAGCGGAAAACAUUGAUGACCACAAGACCGAAUACACCUACAGUUGGAAGCAGUUUUGGCAUCGGCCACACUACUAAAGAACCACAGUGCACUUUGUUGGCUGCUAAAGACUCUGAAUGGGUUGAUAUUGUACAAACUCCGAGCAAUUCAAAAUUAGAUAGCAACAAUGAUGAAGCUGUAUUGCAGCUCGUUGAAUGUGAGGAAGGUCCCCAAAUGAAACCACUUAUGCUCAUGUUUCCUCAAUUGCUUGAUGAGGAUCCAGAAAUGGUCGAAGGGAUGCUAAAUAAAGCAAUGUCUACUACGGAGGUCACCAAACAUCUAGUGGGGCAAAAAGCCAACUUCGCUUUCAUGAAAAAAGUUAACCGACUUAUUCCUAUUGAUAAGAAAUGGUUAGAUAGUGUAAGCGAAUACAACACACCAGCGUGCUGCUCUAAGGAAUCCAGCUUUCAAAGUAGUUAUUUAUUAAGCGACUAUGAAGCCGAUACAGAAGAAACUGAUGAAGAAAAGUAA